CUCUAAUACAGACACCAAACUAUUGAAUUAUCUGAUCCACAUGGCUGUCUUCCCAAGCAGCUCCAACACCUCACUUUAUCAGCCUCCCAUUUCCGGUUAAAGCCAGUCAAGUAUGUUGGCUAUAACUUCUUCAAUUGUUCACUGAUCGACAGAGAUUCAGAUUUGGACUACUAUUUGGUUCCGUGCCUCAAUACCUCAACCGCUCGAGUGUACGCCAUUCCGUCCACUGAGAUAGUGGAAUACUUGCCCCUGUGGUUUUGCACCAAAAUGUUUAAUGUUUCUUCCAAACCUUCUGAUUUUAAAAUUCGUGACAACUUUCUUCGUUUGGAAUGGUCAGAGCCCAACUGUAAGCAUUGUGAAUCAAAAGGGAGAACAUGUGGAUGGAAGAAUCAUACCGCCAACAAUCAAGUAUAUUGUUUCCGGGAUCACAAAGGUUCUUCAACAGCUCUAGUGACUACAGGAUCAGUCCUAGGGUCCUUGUUCUUUAUUCUGUUGACUGGUGCAGUCUACCACAUCUAUGACUCUUACAGACUGAGGAAAGAAAAACAAGCAAUAUUUGAAAAAUUUCUUGAGGACUAUAGAGCUCUUAAGCCCACCAGAUACUCUUAUGUAGAAAUUAAGAGAAUCACCAACAAUUUUGAGCACAAGUUAGGAGAGGGAGCCUUUGGAACCGUGUUUAAAGGAAGCAUUUCCAAAGAAAUUCCUAUUGCUGUGAAGAUCUUGAAUAUUUCUCACGGAAAGGGGGAAGAAUUCAUCAAUGAAGUUAGCACCAUGGGUAGAAUCCACCAUGUUAACAUUGUUCGCUUGGUGGGUUUCUGUGCUGAUGGCUUUAGAAGAGCUCUUGUUUAUGAGUUCUUACCAAAUGGUUCACUGCAGAAGUUCAUCAAUUCACCAGACAACAAGCAGAACUUCCUUGGUUGGAAGAGGCUUCACGAAAUUGCUUUAGGAAUAGCCAAGGGAAUUGAGUAUCUUCACCAAGGUUGUAAUCAACGCAUUCUCCACUUCGAUAUCAAGCCUCAAAAUGUGCUGCUAGACCAUAACUUUGCUCCCAAAAUAUGUGACUUUGGUCUAGCUAAAUUGUGCUCAAGGGAUCAGAGCAUAGUGUCAAUGACUGCAGCUAGAGGAACUUUGGGGUACAUUGCUCCUGAAGUGUUCUCAAGAAACUUUGGCAAUGUAUCUUACAAGUCAGAUGUUUAUAGCUAUGGAAUGAUGCUGCUUGAAACAAUAGGAGGGAAGAAGGUCACGGAAGACAUGGAGGAAAAUACUAGCCAGGUUAACUACCCGGAAUGGAUUCAUAAUCUUGUAGAAGAACAUGAGGAAAUGAGAAUCCAUAUUGAAGAAGAAGGGGAUGCAGAAAUUGCAAGGAAACUAGCUAUUGUGGGACUUUGGUGCAUCCAGUGGCAUGCCAUGGAUAGACCAUCAAUGCAAAUGGUGCUUCAAAUGUUAGAAGGAGAUGCAGACACAACUCCAAUACCUCCUAAUCCUUUCACUUCUUCAGCAGGUGCAGGGCCAAGGAGAACAAGUGCAACUGUGAGUGUUGCUGCAAGACAACUAACCCAAGAUUUAGAAGUCAUCCAAGAGUUAGAGUGACUUAUUAUACUUUACUAAGGUGAGAUGGACUUUAUUUUCUCUUGUGUAUGGUAUAUUAGUUUUGUAUGAGCCAAGCUACAAGAUUGCAUAUCUCCCCUUAUAAUUCAUGUCAAUUUCAAAUAUUUAUUUGCAUCA